CCAGUUGGCGUCCUCAUGCUCACAAACUGCCAAUGAGCGUUGAAAAAUAAUUUCACGUCCUACACAACAAUACAUUCCAAGUCAAUAAUAAAUUUCAACUAUUUACACCUAAAACAUUCAAUAAAUAAUGUGUGGACCAGUGAGAGACUUUUUUUACUGUUUAUCGACGGUGUUUCAAAGGUUGAAAUGUGACUUUUGAGAUAAUGAAAAUGACGAGGUGAAGCAACAGGCCAACAAUGAAUCAAUAAUUUGAUUUGAAAACAUACAUCGAGCGAGAGACAGCGUCAUGACGGGGGUAAAUAGUAUUUUUAUCACAAUCCCUUGGGCGCUCGUGUUUAUUGUCAAUAUAAUGAGCACAGAAUGCUCACAAACGAUUGAAUCACAGGGAUACUGUGCUCCCUACAACGGAAAAAUAUGCCGAAAAUAUUUAACGGGGAUCGGCAAAGUAUGGUUCAAUGAUUCAGCUGACAAUCCAGGGGGUUUUCUCAACGAGGAGAUAACAACGGACCUCUGGGAGGAAUUGAUCUCAAAGUUGAAGGAACCCUGUCGCUCGGCAGCUGAGAAAAUGCUCUGUGUUUACGCAUUUCCCAUGUGCCAUAAAUCGGAGAGAUUGCCCCUCUGCUACGAAGACUGUCAGGCGAUAAGACACGAGUUCUGCUUCAACGAUUGGGCGCUCAUUGAGGACAAUAAACAGAGGGAUAUUUAUAUAAGAUCUCGUGGUCAUUUUAGACUUCCAGACUGUGAUGUACUGCCAAAAUUGCAGAAGGGAGUCACCACGUGCUCGCACAUACAUCUUACUGAUAUGAAUCAGGACUUGGUGACGUAUGACUGCGUCAGGGACAAUGGUCGCUUCUACAUGGGGAACAUGAAUCGCUCGAAGAGUGGCCUGGACUGCCAGCCCUGGGACGCCCAGCAGCCCCACUUCCACAACAAACCCCCCAACGUUUUUCCCCAGAUUCGUUAUGGAAAGAACUUCUGCAGGAACGCUGGGGGAGAUGAGCUGGUGCCUUGGUGCUUCACGAUGAACCCUGAGGUUCGCUGGGAGCACUGCGACAUCCCAGUGUGUGAGAAUCAGACUCAGGUCAACCCAGAAAUAAAAGUCGACUCCAACGAGAUAAUGAUGGAGAGUCUGUUCACCCCUGGAUUCACUCUGACACUGUCAGCUCUCGGUUUUGUCCUCAUUUUUGGAUCACUGGUCUCACUUUUCCUGACCCAGAGGCUCAAGAAACAACGAAAUAAUGGCUACUACAACGCACCCAAUCCAGAUGUCAAUAUUGAUCUAGAUAAGCUGCCGAAUAAUGACGCCUACCACAGGACUGGGGCCCAGCUCAAUCCCAAGUUGGAGAAGUUGGAAUUCCCUCGUAACAACAUUAUUUAUGUCAGGGAUUUGGGACAGGGUGCCUUCGGCCGGGUGUUCCAGGCGAAAGCCCCGGGACUCAUACCCAACGAGGAGUUCACUAACGUCGCUGUCAAGAUGCUGAAGGACGAAGCCUCCCAGGAUCUCCUCGUGGAUUUCGAGAGGGAAGCUUGUCUUCUUGCUGAGUUCGAUCAUCCGAAUAUCGUGAAACUGCUGGGCGUCUGCGCUCUGGGGAGACCGAUGUGUCUUUUAUUCGAGUACAUGGGGAGAGGAGACUUGAACGAAUUUCUGAGGAGUUGCUCACCGUCUAAUGGAUACAAGUUCAAUGAUAAUGAUGACUCGAGGCUAUCUCACAUGGAUUUGAUUAAUAUCGCUAUUCAGGUGGCUUCGGGGAUGGUUUAUCUCUCUGAUCGAAAAUUUGUGCAUCGAGAUUUAGCCACUAGAAAUUGCCUCAUCAAUGAUCAAAUGGUCGUGAAGAUCGCGGACUUUGGAUUGUCCCAGAAGAUAUAUCUUCAGGAUUAUUACAAAGGGGACGAUCAGGACGCCAUUCCUGUCAGGUGGAUGCCACUCGAGAGCAUUCUUUACAAUAAAUACACGAUUGAGUCCGAUGUCUGGGCCUUUGCUGUCUGCCUCUGGGAGAUCUUCAGCUUUGCUCUGCAGCCUUACUACGGUAUGACUCAUGAGGAAGUCGUCAAGUAUAUUAAGGAGGGGAGUGUCCUGCAGUGUCCGGAUAAUACUCCACCCCAGGUCUAUGAUCUCAUGAAGGUCUGCUGGAAUAGGAGGCCUGCGGACAGACCUCCUUUUCGGGUAAUUCACGAGACACUCGAGAAAAUCAAGGUGGGACUCGAGGCGGAAAACAAAUCUGAGAGCAUUGCGUUGAGGAUUCAUGUUUAAUACAGUAUUAUUAUUUUCGAAAAUAUUCGAUGGAUUAUGACGCCAUGAUUUCAGACUGGUGCCAAUUAACGCACAUCUUUUGUACUCCUUUACAUCUUUUUUAUUCUCUAAUUACCAGAGGAACUGAUACAAUGAUACUCAUACAAGGAUAAUAAUCAAAAACCUCACGUGAUCGCUGCAUUUUUAUUUAUUCUCUUUCUCAUUGAAUAUGACUUAUUAUUCUCUCCAUUUUUUGUUCUAUAUCAUCUAAGUAUAUCUUUCUUUAAACUAGUAUUUCUCUGAGGAAAACAAUGUGUAUCCGUUCUUUACAUAAGAAUUAGUCUGUUGUUUGUUUACUCUUGAGUAAUACAAUUAUUCAUUGUUCUAAAUUGUGUAUGUAUAAUGUACGUCGAAAUGGAAAAAAAAGAUUAUGGCUAUUAAUUGUAAAUGCAAAUGUGUUUUCAAUACAACGUGCUCUACUUCAGAUUUUUAUGUAUAUAAUUAUCGUUGGUGUUUCAUUUUUUCCUUUAAUACAUUACCAACAAAAUUUAACAAUUGUAAAUUUCAUAACAUAAUUUUUAAAACACAAAAAUACGUUUCAUUUUCAACUAACAAUGUGUAAUUAAAUAUAGCGAGGGGGCCUAGUGUACGAUAGGCCGAAUACCUUUUACAGAUCAUUGUUUUUGUUUUUUUUUAAAAGUUAUAACGAUCCGAAAAAAAUAGAAAUAAUGGCAUUCGUGUUUGGGAAUGAAUGACUUAUUGUAUAAAUAAAAGCUAUGGAAAUGGAAUUUUUUCAGGAACAUUAAGUAUAUACAAUUGAACAAAAAUAAAUUGAUUUUGUUUUUCAA